AUGGCUGUCCCUAACGAGAGUUCUGAGGAUGUCAACGACUUCCUGCAGCGCAUUCGAGAACUAGGCGAGCGCCGUGACAAGGAAGACGACGAACGCACCAAGAAACUAGAGGAGGAGAUCCUGCAGGGGCGGAAGGAAAGGCAAGCCCGAAGAGCCGAGCGUGCACGAUCACUAGCCCUUACCGACGAUUCACCCUCCAUCAAUCUCGCACGACUGAGUGCUUCAUCUAUCAGUACCCGAUCGAUUGACCCCCCCGAACACCUUGAACCAACACCGCAGACGUCAGAACCUGAGCCCCCGAUCCCGAACGCCGUGGAUUUGAGUAAAGACAUGGAGGCCUCCGACACGGACAAACGACACGGAUCGAUUUCGGAUUUCGGAACGGAUUCUCCCUCGCGGAUACGGUCACCCUUAUCCGGCAGCCGUGCGGGGACUUUGUCAUGGCAGCAACGCCCCUCCUCGCGGGAUUUCAACAUGUCCCCCGCCUCAACAUCCCCAACCCGCUCCCCAACUCGCACAAGCCACCUGAGAAAUUUGUCUACGGCAUCGGAUGAGAGUACACUAUCUCGACUCCAAUUUGGGCUCCCACGGCCCUCGCAGGAUGCCUCUGUACUCCCUCCAUCACCGGACCGUGGGGCUGAGUUGCUAGCACACAGUGGGAAGGAGGAACAGACGGAUAGCCAACCAGAUUUGGGUGUGGGGCAUCAAGAACCGGAAGUGGGCGAAGAAUCAAGUGCUGAACUAGAUAAGCUCGAGACAGUAGAAGAGAGAUCAUCGUCGCCUCCGAGAACCGCUUCUCGAGAUAGCAACAUGAGCCAUCCCUUCUCUGUGUCAUCGGUUUCAGCCACUGGGUUGGGGUCGCCAGUGCACCUCUCAGAGACUCAAAAGCUCGAGCCUCGACAGAAUGAUCCCUCCUUUGAGGAAUCUGCGUCGCCCUCUCCAACCCAGCGGCGGACGUCCCCAGAGCGAACGCGGUCGACCUCACCUACCAAGGGCUUGGGAGGCUUUGUUCAAAGUGCUAUGAUGAGAAGAUCAGAUAGCAUGUCAAAAAGGUGGAGUGCGCAAACUCCGCAGGGGCCUGGGCGGUCAAACUCCAUUGUGUCAAAUCGCAGCAGUGUGGCAGGUCCAAGUUUGAGUGAAUUGGCCCCUCCACCUCUUGGGCGAAUUGGACGUGAACCUCCAACUCUCCUGCAGCGACCAGGCUCCAGUCACAGUGAGGCACCCACCGAGACAACCGAACAACCAGUCACACCUGCAGACAAAGAAAGUGUGAAUUCUGAAAGCCCAGGAAAAUCAUUCCGACCUGGUCACUCUCGUUCUGCUAGCUCUGCUACCGCAGAAGGUAGCGACUCUCAAAGUCCUUUUGUCUCGAAAACCAUGGAUCCUAGGCGCUGGAGCCCCAACAAGGCUUCUUGGUUGGAGAGUGCUCUCAAUCGACCAGAGCCACCACGACAAGCCACCAGACCCCCCUCGCAGCCCAACUGGGCCAAAGACCGACAGUCGCGAGGCAGCGUGGAUUUGGGACGAGUUAACAAUUUCAAAGAAGUCACCCCUCUCGGUUUGAUGCGAACACCCCCUCCUGGAACUCAAACCAAACUACCUGGUCUCUCUGCUCCAUCGCUUCCUACAAGCCCCACGAAGGAUGCCGUCCUUGAAUCUCCAUUGGGAUUCCCUCUGAGGAAAAUGGGUGUUUCUGGUCCAUCGCUUCCCACGAGUCCCACCAAGGAUGCCGUUCCUGACACUCCAGUGGGAUUCCCUCUUAAGAAAACUGGUCUGCCUGGUCCGCCAAUCCCUGCGAGCCCUGCGAAGGAGACAGUUUCUGAGUCUCCGUCUGGAUUCCCUUUCAAAAAGACCAGCGUCUCGAGUUCAUCACUUCACAGGAACUCCGUUUCAGAUCCCCCCUCGGAAUUCCCUUUCAAGAGGCCUGGCACUGCUGAUGGGUCAGUCAGCGGAAGCUCUGAAGGCAAGCCCAAAGAAACAGCACCCGAGUCUCCGUCGGGAUUCUCUUUCAAAAAUUCCACCACUUCGGAUUCAUCACUCCACAGAAAUUCCGUCUCGGAGCCUCCAGCAGAAUCCCCAGCCAAGAGACCCAAUGUCUCUAGUUCCAGCAUUGCCAAGGAGGCCAAUCUGGAAUCUCCGUCGGACUUCUCAUUCAAGAAGCCCCAUACUUCUAGUUCCUCGAUCCCUGGAACACCUCAAGCCAAAUUGAAGGAGAUAGUCCCACAAUCUUCAUCUGUUCUCGGAAGCCCUGACGUCGGACAAAUAAAAAGGGAAACCCCAGCUCCUCCAUCGCCUGUCGUGGAGGCUCUCAAUGUCCUAUCAGGCGGUGAGCCCGCGGAGGAACCCAAGUCUGCUUCCCCCGCUGAAAUUAAGAACGAAUCGCAAGAACCACCGGCAUCCGAAGAAUCUGAGCCUCAAUCUACUCCCACUCGCAGGGCCCCUCCCGACUCGUUAAGCCCCAAACCAAACUUUUCUAUCUCUACUUCCUCGCGGGAGCCAAUUUCACCCAAGGUGAAGCCACAGUCUCCGGUGCUGGACUUUCGAGCGAACCUACGGAAACGAGAAGUGGUCAAAGACAACGGAGAUAAUAAAGAACCAGAGUUUAAAAAUGUAUUUGGGCGCCUCAAAAAGACUGAAACUCGCAACUACGUCGCCCCCGAUGAGCUCAAGGGCAAGAUCCUACGAGGCAAAGCUGCUUUGAACAACACUGGCGGACCAAAGAAGACUGAGCGAGUCGACGAAUUUAGAAAGAGCCUUGUGUCACGCAAAGAGGAAAUGAAGGCUGGCGGAGGCUCCAUCAGACGGAAUACCGCUGGAGAGCAUGAUGCGCCGCCAAAACCAACAGAGGUCGUGCCAGAAGCAAUUGCUAUGCGACAAAAUAUGACACGAGCAAAUAGCAUCAAGCAGACACCUGUAGAUGGGACGAUUUUGCCCGCUAAACGCUUUAGUUCUCGAGCUUCGCAGGACAGACCAUCUUUGUCGUCCCCGACUUCAUCUUUUAGAGGCUCCAUUACAUCGCGAGCUUCUCACGAAACGCAACCAUUUUCGCCAUCGCCUGCCAAUGAUGAGCCGGGCUGGCCCCUGAAAGAUAAUGGUUCUUGGCGAGCAUCUCAAGAAUCACAGCCAUUGUCACCGUUUCCUGCCGAUGACCCCAUUGACGAGGAGCUAGAUAAGGCAAUCCCAGCGGCGAACGACUACAAGCAAAUUUCCGGGGUGGUCUCUUCAACGAACGAGGAGGAAACCCGCGAAACUGUGACGCCAAUUGAGCCCAGCAUAGUGAAGAUGCAGGAGCCUUCAGUCAAGACACUCCGCCCAGUUCGUCAAUGGCCACCGGCGCCUGUCGCAGAGGCUACUGUGACUCCAAGUUUGGCAGCUAAAAGCAAGUUGGCGGGCCGAAUCAACCCUGCGCUAGCUGGCCUACUUUCUCGUGGCGCGCCUGUCGGUGACGGACCGAAGAAGCAGCUGUCAACACCCGCCCCAGCGCAGAAUGACCCUGCUUCGCCAUCUGCGCCUCUCACCCAUAUCACAAAGGGCCGUGCUAGAGGCCCGAAGAGACGACUUCCCCAGACAACUGAUGUCUCAACCCCAUCCGCUCGGGAUGACACUAAGGAGGUUGGUGCCAUUUCAUGCUCUGAAGCCACCCCGUCCCAGACAACUGAUGUCUCAACCCCGUCCACUCGGGAUGACACUAAGGAGGUUGGUGCCAUUUCAUGCUCUGAAGCCACCCCGUCCCAGACUCCUACAAUCCCCAUUGAAUUCUUGGACAUCGAUUCGGAGAAGCCGUCGCAACCUGAUGAAAACCCAGUUCCUGACAUCAAAAAAUCCUGUUCAGACAGCCCAGUCACCGAGCAACUUCCGGAAGUGAACACUCCUCCCCAAGAUACCCUCGAACGCGAUACGACCCAAAGCGGAUUCCCCCAAGCACUUCAAACACAUUCCACAACAACGGAUUUCGAUAUCGUUCCCUCUGCCAAUAUCGAGGCGACACCCAGGGGCCCCGAAAGCCCUGGAGAGGUGAGUUCAUCAAGCGGGCCACCUGUCCCGCCGAAGUCCGAUCCUCCCACGCCCCCCUUGCCUGUGCCGCCAAAGCCACCUCAUUGGGGCCAGCAAAACCGGUUUGCAUCCUCAUCGCCGUCCCCUCUCCGAACAAGUCAUAAAGAAAACCAAAUGGACUCACCUUUGAGUCAGCAGAAGAGCAUCCCCGGUGUGAUCAUUGAGUCAGCACGCAGUUCCGUCUCACGGCCCAUGAGCUAUCCCUCCCCGCCGGUACCCCCUAAAGACGGUGAUGUUAUGCUUCCCAAACCAACGGAUCCGCGCAGACUUUCAAGAAAGAUGUCUGCCCCAUCACUGGUUGUACAGGGUGGAGAGGCACGUGAUGUGAUUGCGGGCUUCUUUAAGACAUUUCCCAACGCUCGAAACCGGAUGGACAUUGAUCCCCAGCUGAUGUUGAUGCGUAAGCCGGACGAUGUAAAGAUCAGGACCGUCAAGCGACAGAUUUGGGAGCUCACAGGUGACGGGAGGCGCCAGGAACUUCCUUCCCACCAGGAGUACAUCCUGUACCAGGGUAGCAUGUAUCUUUGCGUGCACACAUUCGAGUCCGGACGAGGCAGCACUUCGGAAGUCUACCUGUGGCGUGGAGACGAUGUCCCUGAAGCCUCGGUUGAGAAUGAGCAACCGUUCGCACGCAAAGUCGUUCGUGAUAAUAACUCCAAGUUGCAAGUCAUUCGGCAAGGCAAUGAGCCCACACGGUUCAUCCAAGCACUUGGCGGCAUUAUGAUCACGCGUCGGGGAUCCAGCUCUCGCCACAACUCAUCGGCUCUCUACAUGCUUUGCGGCCGGAAACACUUAGGCGAGAUGACCUUCGAUGAGGUGGACUAUUCACUGCGCAAUCUCUGCUCUGGUUUCCCUUACGUUGUCUCUGCUCCCUUUGGUAAGCUCUACCUAUGGAAGGGCAAAGGCAGUGGCCCCGAAGAAACCGGUGCAGCCAGACUUAUCGGCAUGGACCUAGGUCUGACCGGGGAGUUUGAAGAAGUCACCGAGGGCGAAGAGCCCGAGGAUUUCUUUGAUGUCUUCGCAGGCCCCAGGGAGGCCGCGCCGCACAUGUGCCAAGAUUACUGGCAGCACAAGCCAAAAUACAACCACUUCCGCACGCGACUCCUCCGGGUCGACCACGAACUGAGCCCGCCAACUCGUUUCUGGAAUAUCCGGCGUCCAGGCGCGGGUUCACCAGUGGUCAAGGCCAACGAUUGCGUUCACGAAAUCGAGCCGUUCUGCUAUCGAGACAUCACUGAGAAAGAUGUGUAUGUUCUGGACACUUUCUUUGAGAUCUACGUCAUUGUCGGCGACCAAGCCUCGCAGAAGUCUGCCGAUUUCGCCUCUGCAGUGGUCUUCGCGCACGAAUAUGGCAUUCUUGCCACAUCCCUCCAGGAUCGACCAUUCAUCCCCAAAAGUUUCGUGGCCCUCGGAGGCGUCCCCGACCGCUGCCAAAGCGCGUUCCGCAAAUGGAAUCCACGUCACCAGCAUACGCCUUUCGUGUUCUCUCUGGAUGCUGUUAUCGAGGCGAUUCGAUCACCGGAAGAGAAUUGA